AUGGGAGGGAAACGAAAGAUUCCCGGAAGCCUUCGGGAUGCUCCUGCUGCCUCUAUCCAGAAAUGGCUGGAGCAUGCCGAUGAUGAGAAUGCGAAUUGCGAGACUACAAACAGCUUGGACAAGAAUUCUUUGUGCACCCUGGCUUGCUUUAUGUUGGGAUGGCAGCCGGACGCUCCACUUCCAGGGUGCCACAGCCUGAUUUGGUCAUGUUCCCCCAAGAAAGAAAAUGGCAUCAUGCAAAGGCUUACUGAGACAAACUUAGGUUGGGCUGCAGAGCGACAGUACUCGCAACGAGGAAGGCCUCUCGCCAAAACAUGCUGGGGCAUUCAGGAAGUGACCAGAUUCAUGCAGUCGCAUGUGAAAGGGAAAUCUGCUGAUGACGAUCUCGGAGCUCAUGGGUGCAUGUUUGCCGAUGGCAGUCCGCAGAAUCCUUCCCCAAUGCCGCAAUUCAUCCUCAUCAAAGAGAAGUGGGGCCCAGAACAAGUGGAGAAAUAUGAGCGUGUCAAGGUUGAACAAAGUCAGGCACGGCUUCACAUAGCCCUUGUGUUUCUGCUGGAUUUGACAAUGUUUGAGGAACGUACUCUAAGAUUAAACCUUGUUGAGAGAGGUUUUCCAGCACGCAGUCAAGAAUCCCCGAAACCCCUGAAGGUUCCAGUCUUUCAAGACCCCACCAUUUCCAUGGAGGAUUUGGAAGGGGUGGAGUUCCCACAGAAUGGCUACACGUGUGAACAAGAACAGGACAAGUUUCUCAUCCAGCAUGCCGAUCUACCUGGUUUGACAGUCCAGCCUUUUGGCUUCAACUGGAUGUGCACUGUUCAAAACAAGGCCCUCAUAAUAACCUUUUCGCACCCAAUUAGUGCUGCGAAAGACCUAUUUGUCUAUCGUUUCUCGGGCUUGCUCAAAUCCUGUCUUUAUCUGGAAGAAUCCAAGGUGGUGUACACGUGA